UCUUUUAACGCAUCUUCGCAGAUUUUUGUCGUGUAACGCUCAGCGUGUACCACAUCCUUCCUGCCUCCUCCGGGACACUGGACAGCGCACAGACAUCUGGAUGAACAUUGUGCAGUGAUGUUUUUAUAUUAUGCACGGGUUUUAUUAUGUAAUUUAAACUGGCCACUGACAACAAGCAUCGCUGACUGCAUCAUGGUCAAUCUCUGCUGUCUUUGCUGCGGUGAAAUCCCUCAACCCCGCCCCCCUCCGUCCGGCCAGGCGGGACCACCGCGGGAUCCCCGCUCCGUGCAGCAGCAGCAGCCUGCUGGCUCCGGCCCAGACGGUGUGGGGCUGAAGGGGGCACAGAAAGGGGGGGCGAACCGGACGGAACAGCUAGCGCAAGUGAAGAAAAAGGAGUGAGUUUAUAAUCUGACAUGCAAAAAGUGCAGCAUGCUCUCCUCCGAUCCGGACUCUGCGGAGGACACGGCGGCCAGCGUUCCCAAUGAUGCUGAGGGAGAGGAGCAGGAGGACUCACCGGCGGAGAGUGAUGUCCUGGAGGAGCAGCAUCCAGUGAAGCAGUCCCUGGGUGCCUAUGUCUGCCGGGAGUCCCAUUGGCGCUGCCUGCUGCUCUCUCUGCUCAUGUACAGCUGUCUGGGUGCGGUGGCCUGGUGUCAGCUGACCCGGGUCACCAAAAUCAGCUUCAAAUCUGGCCUCACCUCCUCCUUCACGGCCUCCUUCACCUCCUCCCUGCGGGGGGCCUCUGGGAUGGGCGUGGGCGGACACUCAAUGAUCUACCAUGACAGCCCCUGCUCUGAUGGCUACAUCUACAUCCCUCUGGCCUUCCUGCUCAUGCUCUAUGUCUUAUACAUGGUGGAGUGCUGGCACUGCAGAGCGAGGAGCAAGCUGCAGAGCAAAGCAGAUGUGGACAGCGUGUACGAGCGCGUGCUGCGGAUGAGACAGGCCCAACCUUGCAUUUGGUGGAAGGCUAUCAGCUACCACUUUGUCCGGCGGACUCGGCAGGUCACUCGAUACCGCAACGGGGACGCCUACACCACCAUGCAGGUGUACCACGAAAGAGUGAACACCCACGUGGCUGAGGGGGAGUACGACUACAGCCACUGCGGGAUGAAAGAUGUAUCUCGCGACCUCAGAGGCUUGGAGCGACAUCCGGCAACUCGCCUGCGUUUCACCAAAUGUUUCAGCUUCACAGAGGCCGGGCCGGAAAACGAUUACCUCAACCAGAGAGCCAGGUUCUUCUCUGAAAUCGAGGGUUUAGACGAUUACAUGGAGGCCAGGGAGGGGAUGCAGCUGAAGAAUGUGGACUUCAGAGAAAACCUGAUAGCCUAUGUAGACCCCGAUAGGAUGCCUUGGUACAGUUCGCAGGUCGCCUUCUGGCUGGCAGCUCUGCUCAUGUUGUCCUGGCCUCUGAGAGUGCUGAUAGAGUUCCGCACUGCUUAUGUGCACUUCCGCGUAGAGAAACUAUUUGGGUUAGAGUACAGCGCCUCCCCUCUGGAUGAAGACAGGCCUCUGGGAAAUAAUACUGGGUGUGUUAUUCCCCGAGUAGACACGCUGGACAGCACUGAGAUGGAGUGGCACAUACGCUGUAACCGCCAGGUGAUCCCUAGCUACUCAGAAGCCAUGCUGAUCAACAUGAGCACAGCCGACUCCAACUCGUUACAAGACACUGACUGCACCUCGUCCUCAAACUGCUUCCUCCUGGACAGCAGCCAGACUGCUCGGAGUUACGGCGCCCUGCAAAGCCAGGAGGACUGCGAGCAAUGCGGGGAGCCGACCGGACGAGGUGAUGGAGGAGACAGGAGGAGGACCGUCACCAGCUCCAGCUGCUCCUCCAUAUUCUCCUGCCGGGGAGCGCUGCUCCACUCACACCUCUCCUCGGACACGUCUCGCUUCUCUCUCUGCCGCAUGUACGGCUCCCAUCGCACCGUGGCUCUGUGGAGGAGUCGCAGCAGCAACCUGACUGACCCCUGCUGCGUGGACGAGCAGUGCUGCAGGUCCGACUCCAGCCAGCUGGCACUCAGUGAUAGUCCGCCGACUUAUACGGACGCCCGGUUCUUCCCAGUUCUCAUCGUGCAUCGGCCCGAGGGCUGUAGCAGCGAGGACGGAAGGGAAGUGAGACGAUAUUACAUAAGGAGAGGGUCGUCCUGUGUGGAGACGGAUCUGUGAAGCAUAUAAAAACACUUAUUGAUGAACCAAGUUGGAUUCACAUCAGUAAUAUUGGAUGGUGUCGGUCACUGUUUGCUCCAUAGACAGAAUGACAUCAAUGAUCAUUUAUGGAGCAUUUUCCAGAAAAUUCCAUUGUAAAUAGGAAGUAAAAGAAACUUAAGAGGAUAGUUUGGGUUGUUUGAAGUGGAGUUGUAUGAGAUACUUAUUCCUAGUACUAUGUUACGUACAGUAGAAACAGACAGGAGUAGCAUCACGGAAGCAAAGCUUUGUAGGACUGCUGCUGUGGACAGGGGCAGCAGCUAAAUGUAAUUUAGCCACCUAAAACAAAUCAGAAUAUGUUUACCACAAAAUUGAAUUUAUUAUCUAUUGCUCUCUUCAAAGCGUCCUUUGAUAAAAGCGUAAUUCUAACUCACAAAACACGGGGUUUGCUGGCACAGACUGUAUAGAAUAGAAUAUAUAUCUUUAUAUAUUUAUACAUUAUAUAACACUGUUAUUGUGUGUCUUUGGUGAAUACAAACUAACCAAAGUCACACAAUAAUACAAACAAACUAACCGAUCGAGGCAGCGGUAGAUCAGCAACUCCCAUGUCCUGCAAGGUAAAAUUACUGUUUUUGUCAAAGGAGUCUGGUGGCUUUAAAGAGAGCAGAGAUAACAACUCCAGUUCCCCGUAGGAGAGGGCUGUUUUCAACAAGAUAAAGCGGUGAAAAUAUUCUAAAUAUAGCGUCCACUUAAAAUUAUAUUAAUGUUUUUAGGUGGCUAAAAUAUGUUUUGCUGCUGCCUGCAUCCACAGCACUACAUUGCUUAGCUUUAGUGUCAGUAACUCUUGUCUGUUUCUCCAAACUGGGGGCGUGCAGACCGGCAUCUACUGUCGGUAAUACACUGACUAUAGAUAAGCACCUCAUACAACCCCACUUCAAAUUAUUCAAACUAUCCCUUUAAAACACAGACUUCUAUUUUUUAACACAGUCACUGAAAGGUCAUAUUGAAUUUCAAAUGUUAAUAUUAUUACACUUUGUUAUUUACAUAUUGUCUCUAUGAAAACAGCCGCAGGUGUGGAACAAACAGUGUGUAGUAGUGUAUCUAAAUGCAUCACCUCUGCAUUGUCAUACCCUCCUUGUAACAGCAACAGUCUGUCAGCUACAGCGUAUAAUGACAAUAAUACAAAUCUGAUCAAAAGGUGCAUACAUGCCACUGAUGCAUGAAAACUCGGCAUCCUACUGUUUUCAACCCCCAAAAUUCAAAAGAAUCACAGGAUGCAAACCUUCACCAGUUCUUACAUUGACCAUGUAUGUGUUAUUAUAUGUGUGAGGAGUAUGCCACUUAGAGGCAUACGAAUAGUACAAGAAAUAAGAAAAGUAGCAUGUUUUACCAAAAGCUAUUGUCUUUUUUAGUUGAUUAAUUGUGAAAGCAAAGGCAUCAGUAUUCUGUUUUGUUUUGAUGUUGUUUUUCCAAAGAUAUUUAUUAAACACCAUAAAGCUUUUAUUGAUGAGUGGGAACAUGAAUUGAAUGUCAACAUGUAAGCAAUAAAAGUUUUUAUUGU